GGAUUUUCGGAUUCCACAUACACUAUAGGGAUGUGCCAGUUGAGCAUCUUAGUUUUCAUCUGCCUGGCGAGCAAAAUGUGUAUUAUAGUGCAGAUAAAUCUGUCCGAGACGUCCUAUCGAAUCAUAUGAUUCACGAGACAAAAUUUACUGCAUGGAUGAGAGCAAAUCAAGUAUACCCCGAGGCCAGAAAGUUGACAUAUGUGGACUUCCCUAGCAAAUUUGUGUGGAAGAAAAACAUUAAACAGUGGGUGGAAAGACAACGAGGUUUUGCGGUUGGACGUGUCUACUUCGUUCGCCCUGGAGCAGGUGAAAAAUACUACUUACGCACCCUAUUAAAC